AUGGAUAUUACAAAUCAUCCAACAACAAUUACUACAAAAUCUAAUUUCUUUUCUACUGAAGACAGAAACAAAUCAUUUUAUGUUGGUGAAAAUAAUGAAAAAUAUACUUCUGAAUUUACAGUUGAGUGCAGCUCGAAUGCAGCACCAACAUUAUCUUCAUUAAUUGGUAUUCAUGAUCAAAUUUCUAGUAGUAGUAUAUCAUUUGUACAAUCCGAACAAGAUAUUAUCUCAAGAAAUUCUACUGAAGCAUCAUUGAUCACCAGUGGUAUAACAGAAGCAACAUCCACAUAUGAAGUGUUUGAACCAAUUAUAAACAAUUGUAACGACGUGUUUGCUGAUCGACAAGAGGAAGAUAUUACAACGUCAACUGAUAUUGAAUCAAUAGAAAAAUAUACAAUAGAUUCAACACAAACAGCAUUAACAUAUGAAGUAUUUGAACCAAUUGUAAAUAAUUGGAACAAUGUAUUUGCUGAUCGUCAAGAAGAAGAAGAUAUUACAACGUCAACUGAUGUUGAAGCAAUAGACAAAUAUACAAUAGAUUCAACACAAACAGCAUUAACAAAUGAAACUAUAUUUCAAGAUGAUACACGUGCAGCUAGUCCCGACGACGAUGAUUUAUCUUUUGAAAUGGUCAUCAAUGGUCAAUGUACAAAUGAAGUUGUAAUACGAAAUGAAAGUAUAAAACGAAAACGAGAUAAAUUGAAACGAACACGAAAAAGAACUUACAAUUCAUCAAUUCAACAAGUGAAAAUCAAGUCGAAUAAAUUCGGAUUAACACCUUCAUCAAUUCAAAAUAAUUCAUUUCAUGUAACAUCAAUACAAUCUCAAUCUAUCUACGAAUCUUCUGAAGACGAACGUGUAUUUCAAUCACCAUAUGCGUGUUCAACUCCGAAGCUCAAUGGAAUGAAAAAUAAUCUUACAUCAUUGAAUUUUAAAACUCCAUCACUGACAGUAUCAUUAACACCUCGUCGCACUCCUCAUUUUCGAAAAUACUUUCGCACAACGAAAACUGCAAGUCAACCUGAUCUUAAUUAA